UCUCCCGUCCGCACUCCGUACCUAAUAAUUUCUCGAGAAACAGGAAGGUCAGGGUUUAGGGAUCGAAAAUGCUCGCCUCGAAUAAUUGGCAUAGAAGAUCUGGGCAGGAGUUCGUGGAUGCCAAGUUGGAGGUGGGAGGUUGGAGUUUGGAUGGGUCGAAGAUCAUCGGGAUAAGAAGAUCUGACGAGGGAAAUCAGAUAGGCUUGUGUUUUUGGCUUUUGAUCGUCGGGGCUUGAGUCGAAGCAGAAGAUUCAGACGACAGGAGGUCUAGCUUCGUUUGGGUUGGAGGUUCUAGACGGGUAUGGGGAAGCGAGGGCGACGGCAUGCUGAAAUCAGACGUAGCGACGGGUGCUUCGUGGGUUGGAGUCGGAGCAGGCGAGGGCUUGCAGGAGAAGAAUGUGGCGAACAAGCUGCGGUCCUUCUCCUCAAACGAGAGCGGGAGAAGAGGCUUGCGCGUGCUCUGUCCGAAACGGCACCGUCUGCAGAGGCAUGGCUCUGUAGCUGCAGCAGGAUUCUACGGGAUCUGCGCAGCAUUUCGGUAUUGGCUUGUACAGGGAUUUGAGCAGAAUUUAAGAGGGGAGAUGUCUGGAGGAAGAAUACCGAGGACUUUAGUUAUGCUCGAGUCAUGUUUAACUUGGUCUCGGCUCAUCUGCCAAAUCGUGAGCUCAAACUAGCGCUCUACUCGUGGAAAUAGAUUCUGGCGCGCAUGAGGAAGCUCAUGAGUCAUAAGAAGAACAGACCAGGAGAUUCCGCUUUUCGCUUCCGCGUUCUAGUUCUAAUUUCGUCUUUUGCAUCUGCAUCAGCUUCCGCGUCUGAUUCCACGCUGGCUGCCGCUUCUACAAUCCAGUUCUUGUUUCGUCUUCUGCUUCUGCAGCAGCUUAAACUUCUGGUUCCAGCUCCACCUUCCAUUUUUGCUUUUCGGGGCUCGAGCCGCUCUAAGAGUUAAUGAGUCAAGCAACAACUCAAUUGAAUUCAAGCUUGAUUUUCCAACGAGCUCGUAAAUCCGCUCGAGCUUGAACUUGAGCUCAAAACUCGAUAAGCUCAUUUUGUGAGCUCCUUUAUGAGUUAAGCUCGAUCAGACCUACAAGGCGGCUUGACUUAUUUACAUCCCUAUAUCUUAGACAUACUAGCAUUUUGCACCAACUUUAAGACAGUAGAACGAAUGGCAGUAUAAUAUAAAGACAUUGUUUUUGGGUGGUUUUUGACCAGCUGAAUUAUAAUUUUUUUUUUAGUGCUGAAAUAUCGUUAAAAGUAGCAUUUGUGCUAACUUAAUUAAUGUCCGACUGAGUUGAUAAUUAUAUCCAAAAUUUAAACUGGAUAAUAGUUCAAUUUUUAAAUUUUCAUUUAUUUGAAUUAAAAUAAAUUUGUUUAAACUUUAAAUUAAUUCAAUUGCCCAUUAACUACAAACAAACUACAAAAAUUCAAAUACUAAGAAAAGAAAAAAAAAUAAUUAAAAUUAAUUUAAUUUAAUCAAACAGGCUAUGUUUGGAUAAGUUGAUUAUUGUUUUAUAAAACAGUUUUUUAAAUUAAAAUAAAUUCCUUAAAAAGCUGGUAAACAAACAUAUUUUAAAAAUUAGUAAUAAAACUGUCUCAAAUAAAAGCAUAAUAUGAUAAAUAUAUUUGCAUAGGAAUAUAAUUAAUCUCAAAAUUCAUAAACAUCCACUAAAAAGUACUGCGCAUCAACGCUCGUUUAGAGAAUUCAAUAGUUUUAUUUUUGAGAAGCUGCAAAUGCAUUUAGGUAAUAGAAGCUAUUACAAUCUACUCAGUGAUAGAAGCUCUAACACUUUCCUCCUUAGCCAAAGAAAAAAAAAACGAGGAACAUUAUUUAAAUCUUCCCACAAAAAAUCUCCAUCUAAGGCUAAGUUAGCAUAAAGAUGCACUAACUUAUUACAAUCUCUAUUAGCAAAUUGAAUUAAAAAACUUUCAAAAUCAUUAAGAAAAGAAAAGUCUUCAGUUGAGGAUGCAAGAAGAUUUCAAAAUCUACUCGCUGUCAAUUCAUGAAAUUAAAACUAAAUUCUUACUUUUAAGAAAGAAUCCAGAACAUCAACCACCAUAAGAAAUACAUGAAGUUGAUGACAAACCAUUACACAAAGAUGCAUAUUGAAACAAAACCAAUAGAAAAGUGACACGUAGUUGACCAACUAUAUAAAAAGCUUGCUUAAAAAAUAUGUUUUAAUAUGGUGAACAAUGAGAUUGACAUCU